UUCCGCCCUCUGGCAACACUGCUAUUUGUUAUUGUUUUUAAAAUAAAAACCAUUUUUCGGAUAAAUGACGGCCAAUUUGUUGAACCUGAACGUGGACACGCUGUUCGAGCAGCACAGCGUGUCCGAGAUCGACGUGGUGCACAAGAAGAUCCAGUCGGUGGUGGAGAACAAGCGCGAGGAGCUGCGCAACCAUGUCGGCGAGCGGUACAGGGACCUCCUGCAGGCGGCGGACACCAUUGCAGCCAUGCAGACCUCGGCGGGCACGCUCAUGGAGCAAGUGCGUCACGUGCAGGCCAACUGCCGCAGCCUCAACGAGCAGCAGCUCCUGGGCUUCCAGUCCACCACGAAUCCGAGUCCCAAGGACGCGGCGCUGCAGCAGAGGAGUGCCGGCAGGAAGCUGCAGACCUACUACGGCACCAUGGCCCAGAUCAAGCUGCUCACCGCCCUGCCGGAACUGAUCUGGACGCACCUGGACCAUGACCGCUUCUACGCCGCCACCGAGCUCUUCAUCUUCAGCCGGCACAUCAGCACCGGCCUGCAGUUGGACGGGCAGAGUGCCCUGAUGCAGAAACUGCCGGUCGCCCGCAAGCAGUGGGAGAUCCUGCGUCCCUUUCACGUCACCAUCAAACAGGCCGUGCUGGCUGCCCUGGAGAGGGAGGAACUGCAUCCCGAGAUGGCCGUGGACUGCCUGCAGAGCCUCCUGCUGCUGGACAAGAGCGACCUGAGUGCUGUCUUGAAGACAUUCCUGAACCUGCGCUCCUCCGCCUUUCUGAGCUGCCUGCAAAGCAGACCUUCGGAUCCGCGUCGCGUCAAGGAGCGCAUCCUGGCCAGCUUGGGGGUACUCAAUAGCACCGUGGAGCUGCUGGACAAGUGUCUGCUAGGUGACAGUCUUCUCUUCGCCCGCCUAGCGGACUGCGCCUCCGCCACGUGUCCGCCCAGCAUCAACCGAAUGGAGAGCAGCGAACGCCAGCUGGCUCACCUUUUACCAGACAUAAUUGCCGGCUUCAAGCCGCAAUUCGAGGUUCCUCAGCUAACGCCGGAACAACUAGGCUCCUCACUUCAACAGUGGCUGGACAAGAUGAACGCCCUGGCAGCGGCUCACCUGCAGCAAGUAUUCGCCCUUGUCGGCAACAUGCAAACCAUUCAGGACAUUAAGUCGGCGGCCAGGACCAAUGGUCGGCCGGACUUUGUGCGCCUAGAACAGCAGCUGCAUCUGCAGCACAGCCAGUUGGACUUCUACGCCCGCAAGUACGUGCCACUGAUCAAUGCCAGAGUGCGGGAGAUCAUACGCAGCAGUUGGGCGGCAGCCAUGAAGCAGACCUACGAACAGGUGCUCCUACUCAUCGAAGGCGGACAGUCGCCGCAACAGAUUUGGCGAGAACAGAGCGACGACCUGCCUUUGAGCUUGGCGGCGGCACUCAGCGAUCAACCAAAACGGCUGGCCAAUCGUACAAAGGGUUACGAUGGCGCCACAAUGGAGCUGUGCAAGCGUUUCGACGCACAGCUGGCGGACAUCGUCCAGGAGCUCAAUGUAAUGCUGCAGGAGCAGACAACGCGGUCGGAGGACAAGCAUUCGCUCAUCCAGUUCCUCCGCGAGACGGCCGAGGAGCAGCUGACGGAGUAUCUGACCAACCUCAAGGGUCUGCAGCUCAGGGAGCGGCCUGCUCUGCUCCUUGCUCUGCGCAAUAGCCUGGCCUUGGUGGAACUGUGCCCCAAUUUGAAGCUCUGCUUCUGCCAGCCUUCCAGUUGGCGGCAGUGGACUGACAACUUGGCGGGUGUCGGGAUCGAGCAUUGGCAGCGCAUUUGCGGCCUGAUCGAAGAGGAGAUGCUGUCCUUCUGGCUGCUGAUCGUUGACGAUGUUUUGAACGGACAUAAUUGCGAGGAAAAGCUGCCGAAGGUCAUCAACCCUGAAGUGGUCCUCAGCGACUUUGCGCUUUGGCAGACCUUGACUCUGGAGCAGCGUGACGAGGACCAGGAGCAGAGUGUUCAGUCCACCAUUCGCAUUCCUAGUCAGCCGCGUCUCUCGCUGCAAACAUAUCUCCAUCAGCUGAUUCAGGCAUUAAACCUGGCUGUUCCUCAAACAUUGCCACCCAAAGUAUUGCAAGCCUUCAUCCAGCGGCUUCUGGAAAAACUGCUCAUCCACUAUGAGGGAUUAGCCCAGUCGGAGUGCACUAAAUCCACCCAGAACAUUGCCCUGCAGUUGUACUUUGAUCUGAAGUUCCUGGAGCGCGUGUUCGCCGUUACGCGUGAGGAGCGGGCUCUCUACGACCAGAUUCACGCCCAGCAGAGCCAGCUGCGCGACUGCAUUGAUCCUUUUGACUUUGAGCUAUUUGCCGAGCACAUAACUGCGCAUGUGGCCAGAGCUUCGAGCCGCCUACAAGGCGAAUUGGGCGUGCUGACACCCGCGACAACUGCUCCAAGUCAGGCAGCCACUUCAUUGGCCCAUGAAGCAGAUCCCAAUGUGCUGUGUCUCAGCUCAUCCGGAUCGACGUCCCUUUGGUUCCCCCUGCUGCCCAUUGUGAUGCCACAAGCUGCUGGAAGAGUUACUGGGAUCGAACGGAAAUCCGUGGCACAAGAACCUGCGGAGAAAAUGGCGACGGCGACAACGACAACGACACCGACGCGGAAGUCGGGGGGCAAUGGUGCCCGCAAGGGAGACGGCAGCAAAUCCAAAUCGAGCGCAGCUUCCUUUUUCGGGAUGUCCCAGGAGUGGUUCCGCUAGAGGAGUCGAGUCAAGUGGCCUGUGAAGUGCAUCCGAGUGGAAUGCGGAACCCUCUCUCCUCGCCGUUCCAUUGUUAAAGCGAGCAUUCAGAAUGUUUAACCUGUAUCCCAGCAUAUACACAUUAUAGAUACAUAUUCCCUGAUAUCACUUUUAAUUCCAACUUAACUCUAAAUUUGUAAUUUUUAAUGCGCUUUGAUGUUGCCACCGAUGCUAUUUCUUGCCUCCCUUCUUGCCACCGCCCGCGGCUGCCUUUUGGUCCUGUCCUUUCUUGGCUCCACCUUUGUCACCGCCGCCUCCAUCGCCGCCUUUGUUUUUAUUUCCGGCUCCACCGCCGCCGCCGCCUCCUCCGCCACCGCCGCCCUUUUUCUGUGGGCAAAGAAACACGGAAAGAUUUCGCUUUGAGCUGGGACUGAGCAAAUAACGAGCCACGGUUGUUCAAAGUUGCGGAGCAAAGUCAGUAAAUGAGAAAAAGGUUAGUUGGCGCAGGGAUUGCAAUGAGGAGGCCGCGAUUCCAAAGGGUUAGAAGUUGUUUAAUUACAUUCAAAAUUAAAUAUUAUUUCCGUUGUGCAUAAAAAAUAAUGUAAUAAUUCUUCAACAAUUUAGGUCACGCCUAUGAAUAUUUAAAUUAAAAGGAAGUAAAAUAAAUAUAUUUCUGUAUUUAUAAGCAUUU